GCCUGCCGUGUGCCGAGUGCCGGGAGGGUGGUCCCUGCUGCCCAGCCCCUGCUGGCCUCUCUCUGUGCACAGCAGGUCAGGAUGCGGGAGGUGCCUGGUGCCCCGUCUGCCUGCCCUCCCUGUGUGCCUCGCCGUGGUCCAGCUGCUCAGCCCCUGCUCAGCUGAGUUUGCUGUGGUCGGACCCCCCGAGCCCAUCCUGGCCAUGGUGGGUGAAGACGCAGACCUGCCCUGUCACCUGUCCCCGAAUAUGAGUGCUGAGAACAUGGACCUGACGUGGCUGCGACCCAGCCGCAGGCAGGUAGUGCACGUGUACGCACACGGGCAGGAGAACACGUCGGCAGAGGAGUAUCGAGGGAGAACUUCGAUUUUACGAGAGGACAUCACUGCGGGGAAGGCCGCUCUCCGGAUUCACAAAGUCAGAGCCUCAGACAACGGAACCCUACCUGUGUUCUUUCCAAGAUGGAGACUUCUAUGCAAAAUGCCCAGGUGGAGCUGCAGGUGGCAGCGCUGGGCUCUGAUCCCCACAUGGUCAUGAAGGGCUACGAGGCUGGAGGGAUCUGUGUGAACUGCACGUCUGCCGGCUGGUACCCGCAGCCCCAGAUCCAGUGGAGAGACGCCAGGGGACACAGCUUGCCCUCGGAGGCAGCAUCUGAGGCUGCAGACCCCCAGGGCCUUUAUGCAGCUUCAGCCUCUGUGAU